GCCGCUGCGUGCGGCUGUGGGCGGAGCGGCAUCCGGUGCGGCGGCGGUCGGUCUGUCGGUCGGUCGGCGCGGAGCGGCCAUGACGGCGCACAGCUUUGCGCUGCCGCUUGUUCUCUUCUCCGCUUUCUGGGGCCUCGUGGGCAUCGCCGCCCCCUGGUUCGUGCCCAAGGGGCCGAACCGCGGGGUGAUCAUCACGAUGCUGGUCACCACCGCCGUGUGCUGCUACCUUUUCUGGCUCAUCGCGAUCCUGGCCCAGGCCAACCCCCUGUUCGGGCCGCAGCUGAAGAACGAGACCAUCUGGUACGUGCGCUUCCUCUGGGAGUGAGCAGUCCCCAGGAGCCGCUGCCUGAACAGAGACCCCCCCACCCGAAUCAUCACCGUGAGUGCACAGAGGGCCGGGGUGUCCCCACUUG